AAUGGGUAAGAAGCGAGUUUUAGUCGGCUAUGGUGGUAAGCACACCAAUCCAAUAUAUCUAGACAAAAACAAACUGACACGCAGCAGUCGACGUGGACGCCGUAGCGGGCUGUUUCGAGAUUGCUUACAAGUGUCUAGGAUUAACACUCAAGACGGCAGUGCACAGAACAGCACCAAUGUCACUCGAGGCAUUUUCGGAGCAACUGUUGGGCUGGAACGACUACUCAAGUUGUUCGAUAAACACGAUAUCAAGGCAACNUUUCUUGUUAGUCUCAUGACUUCUAAAGGAGUACUGGCUGACUUCGACACUGCAAGUACACCAGCUCAUACGAUCGAAUCAUUUCCUAAACAGUUAACCAAAGUCAAAGAUGCUGGGCAUGAGAUAGACAUUCUCCAGAAAUCCAUAGAAGUGCUGACCAAAUUCACCGGCAAGAAACCACAAGGCUAUACAGCACCAGCCUGGGACACCAGCAAAGAACUCAUCCCUUUACUUGAAGAGUUCGGCAUUGUCUAUGAUCAUUCGUUUAUGCAUCAUGAUUUGCAACCAUACUUUGCACCGAAUGCAAGUCAUCAGUGGGUUGAGACCGAUAUCAANAAAGAAGCAGAGACUUGGAUGAAGCCGAUGACCAAGAUUCGACCGAGCAAGGUUGUGGAGAUUCCGGCGAAUUGGCAUGUGGAUGAUUGGCCGCCUUUGCAACCUAUGCCGGGAAGAGCUGGCACGGGAAGUCAGAGCAUCCUUUCCCUCGCCUCUGGUUUUGAUGGCGCAGAGCUGACAAAGACAUGUCGCAGNAACGGAUUCGUCAGCACUCACGAUCUGGAAAGACUAUGGCUCGAACAAUUCGAUUUUGCAUAUGAAGAAUACGACAGCUUCAUCUUCCCCAUGUCAAUCCAUCCACAAGUCAGUGGAAAGCCGCAGGUCAUCAAGAUGCACGAACGGUAUGUUCUCUCGACUGAUCAUCAAGUAGGGACACUAAUGUGCUUAGCNAUCAUUGCCUACAUCAACAAGCACAAAGGUGUUGAAUGGAUGACAUUCGGUUGCAUAGCAAAGGAGUUUCUCGAAGGCCGGAUCGAAGGUGUCGAGAUUGAAGGUGGCGCGGAGGUC